CCGGUUCCAAAGAACGACACGUUUGCGAAUCGGACAUCGCUGAUCAGAAGAGGUGCGGCGCUUCAACUUCAAAUAGGUGUCAAAACAGUGUCAGUCACCAUCUCACACCUGCAGGAGGAUUCGACGUGACAGACCUGGACGCUUUCAUUUCUUCCCACAGUUUACAACAUUUACUUUUGCUCUGCGCUGAGGAUAUACAGGAAGAGGUGACCGCAGAUUUCACUUUUGCGCUCAGAUUGUUCUUCCCGUGUCUCUCAGCAUGGCUUCAACAACCUGCACCAGGUUCACCGACGAAUAUCAGCUGUAUGAAGAACUGGGAAAAGGAGCCUUUUCUGUGGUGAGAAGAUGUAUGAAAAUCUCCACUGGUCAGGAAUAUGCUGCCAAAAUCAUCAACACCAAAAAGCUGUCUGCCAGGGAUCACCAAAAACUGGAACGAGAGGCCCGAAUCUGUCGUCUACUCAAGCAUCCUAACAUCGUGAGGCUCCAUGACAGCAUAUCAGAGGAGGGUGUUCACUACCUCGUCUUUGAUUUAGUCACAGGAGGGGAGCUGUUUGAAGAUAUUGUUGCCAGGGAGUACUACAGUGAGGCCGAUGCCAGUCAUUGCAUACAGCAGAUUCUAGAGAGUGUUAAUCAUUGUCACUUAACUGGCAUUGUACAUCGAGACUUGAAGCCAGAGAAUCUUCUCUUAGCCAGCAAACUGAAGGGCGCAGCAGUGAAACUGGCAGAUUUCGGUCUGGCUAUCGAGGUGCAGGGAGACCAGCAGGCCUGGUUCGGGUUCGCUGGAACACCAGGUUAUCUGUCUCCUGAGGUGCUGAGGAAGGAGCCGUACGGCAAACCGGUGGACAUGUGGGCAUGUGGUGUGAUUCUUUACAUCCUUCUUGUGGGUUACCCUCCUUUCUGGGACGAAGACCAACAUCGACUUUAUCAGCAGAUCAAAGCUGGUGCAUAUGAUUUUCCCUCUCCUGAGUGGGACACAGUGACACCAGAGGCCAAAGAUCUGAUCAACAAGAUGCUGACUAUAAACCCUGCCAAACGCAUCACAGCAGCUGAGGCCCUCAAACACCCCUGGAUCUGUCAACGCUCCACAGUGGCCUCCAUGAUGCACAGACAGGAGACGGUGGAGUGUCUGAAGAAAUUCAACGCCAGGAGGAAGCUCAAAGGCGCAAUCCUGACAACCAUGCUUGCUACACGGAACUUCUCCAGCAAGAAUCCGUACAAGAAGCCUGAUGGUGUUAAGAUCAACAACAAAACCAACGUAAUCACCAGCCCUAAAGAUCCCGCCCCCUCUCCUGCUCUGGAGCCUCAAACUACUGUUAUCCACAAUCCCACUGAUGGAAACAAGGAGUCAUCAGAGAGUGCCAACACCACCAUUGAAGAUGAGGACAUUAAAGCGCGGAAACAGGAGAUAAUUAAAGUCACAGAGCUGCUGAUUGAAGCCAUUAAUAACGGAGAUUUCGAAGCGUACACGAAGAUUUGUGACCCUGGACUGACGUCUUUUGAACCUGAAGCUCUGGGAAACCUGGUGGAGGGGACGGAUUUCCACAGGUUCUACUUCGAAAACGCUCUCUCCAAAGGCCACAAACCCAUCCACACCAUCUUGCUGAACCCUCACGUACACCUGAUCGGUGAGGACGCGGCGUGCAUCGCUUAUAUAAGGCUCACCCAAUACAUGGACGUCAACAAUAUGCCUCGCACCAUGCAGUCCGAGGAGACCCGUGUCUGGCACCGCCGUGACGGCAAAUGGCAGAACAUCCACUUCCACCGCUCCGGCUCGCCAACUGUGCCCACCAAGUGAGUUAAUAUGGCCUUUCCCGUCAGCUGAGUGUCCGCCCAACUCAUCCACGAUCUUCACAGUUUGCUCGACUGCACCAGAGUCUUGUUUACAUCCACUGCUGGACUGAUACCGAGGGCUGGAGAGUGGUUCAUAUCAGGAUGUGUUUGUAUGCGAGUACAUGUACAUGUGUUGAGUAUGCCGUUUACACACUAGACUCAUUUAUGUGAAAAGCAUGUUCUUACUUAGUACUCUAAUCUUUUUUAAAGGGUUGCGUCUUUUGUAUAACAAAAUAUAUGGAGCCAUUUGUUAGUAAUCUGUGGUGUUUGGGUACAGGGGGACUGCAUUUCAGAAAAUAAUUAUUCAGAGUUUUUUGUUGUUGUUUUAAUUGGUGCUGUCAAUUCGAUUAAUUGCGAUUAAUCGCAUAUAAACAAAAGUUUACAUAGACACACACACACACACACACACAUAUAUUAUAUUAUAUGCAUACAGACAAACCUUUAUGUUAGAUGCAAUAUGUAAUCACGAUUAAUCGAUUUGAAAGCACUAAUUUUAAUUAAAUUUGUCGUUAAUGACAAAUUCAGAAUGGCAGAUAAUUUACUUAUUUCUCAAAAUGACAAAUAUAUGAGCUUGCUUAUGGUUUUCAGUGAUGUACAUUUCGUGACGUUAUGUGAAUUGCUAUUUCUGCUUUACACUUUGGAGUAUUAAUAGUUUAUUAUUAGCACAGAUAGGAAAUCCAAAAAUCUGACAAGCAGAAAUGUUUAGUUUUAUUUUCAUUGUCAUGCAGACAACUGGAUGUGGAAAACGAAUGUAACUCACACUGUACUAUACCAGACACGCUCAAUCUGUAAAAAACACAAAGCCAGAUAAGUUUUUCCUUCUUUUUUAAAUGAAUUGUGUGAAAUGUAGUUUUAUUGCGGUAUUUUAAUUGGGUACGUUCUCCAUUGUGACUGCUUCUCACUGGAAUUUGCGGGACUCCUCAAGGAAAAAUCGACAAACAGCUUUAAUGAAUAGUGCAUGAUUUUCCUCUCAUAGUCAUCUCUCAUACACAUCAGAAACCUUCCCAUCCAUUUCUUAUAUGAUCCUCUGUUUUGACAGAUAUAGCAAACUUGGCAAUGGUCAAGCAGAAUAAAUUCAUCAAAAUUCAUGUUAUACACACAUAAUUUGUUACAAAACACCCUCUGGGUUUGCUUUAGUUUCCUCAUACAACAUUAUAGCAUAAUAUUACUGGAGGACUUGAUAGGUUUCUAAAUACUUUAAAAUGUCUAAUAAAAUGUGUGAUUUCUGCAAAA